ACCACUUUUUUAGGGCUCGUCGAUUGGCAGAGGUUUUUGAUGUCUCGGCAGCUGGCCGCGCUCCUCGCAAGAAAACGAAUCCUCUCGGCAUUCAGGGAGAAUCGCGGCAUUCUGGUGGAUAAUCCGUGUCUCGGCAGCAUUCUAGAGCACCGGCUGGGUUUUGAUCCUAUCCCGACGCAGUGGUCUUUCGGAAGCUGGAUUGGCAGCGGCGGCGCGUGCGGAUUACGGCGCGGCCGUGAUUUGAGAGGAGCGCACAAACAACAGCGAUACCAAGGUAGCAAUCUCGGCACUCGGCAAUUCUAUUCGAGUAAAGCAUCGGAAAGAGGCUUCAGUAACUUCUAUCCAAAGAACAAGGUUCCAAAAGAUGGUCCCGAGGAGAAGUCAAACCAAGGAAAAUCGAAACCCCGAGCACGGGAUCUCGGAGAUCUCAGAACAAGAAUUGUAUCCUUGGUUGCUGUCGGCUUAUCAGUGGCGGCGUUGUGGAACCUCUAUACCGUUUCUAGAAGUGAAGAUGUCUCGGAGAUUACUUACCAUCAAUUCCGAUCUGAGCUCUUGGAGCAGUGUCUCGUAGACCAUGUUGUCGUGGUUAACAGGAGCUUGGUCCGCGUUUUUGUUCGGGACCCAGCUUCUAGUGACGACACUCAGAGUCAUUGCCGACACUUUUUUCGAAUCGGCAGUGCUGAUGGUUUCGAGCAGCAACUGGAGAGGGCGCAAGCCAGCCUCGGGUGGGACUCGCACGAUUACGUCCCAGUCAUGUAUCAAACCGAGUUGAAUUGGCGGCGAGAGCUUACGAACAUGGCACCGAUUCUCUUCCUCUUUGCGUGGGUUGGAUUUUCCGUCUGGAAAUGGAAGAGAGCUGGCACUGGGCAGGGGACGGAUAGCAAUGGUGGUCGCAGCAUUUUUACCAUGGGAAAGGCUCAGGUGGCAAGGAUGGAUCCAGGCGUCAAAGAUAAGGUCAUGUUCGCGGACGUAGCCGGAUGCGACGAAGCCAAAGCAGAAGUGAUGGAGUUCGUUCACUUUUUGAAGAGUCCCAAAAAGUACCUCGACCUCGGUGCGAGAAUCCCCAAAGGUGCUCUCUUGGUCGGACCUCCUGGCACCGGCAAAACGCUGCUAGCAAAGGCUACUGCAGGUGAAGCCGGUGUGCCAUUUCUUUCGAUCUCCGGUUCUGACUUUACAGAGAUGUUCGUCGGGGUUGGACCUUCUCGAGUCAGAGACCUCUUUGCUCAAGCUCGUCGGGAAGCCCCGAGCAUCAUCUUUAUUGACGAGAUCGAUGCCAUCGGCCGCGCAAGAGGUGCUGGUCUUGGGUCAAACGAUGAACGUGAAAACACCCUCAACCAGCUCCUGGUUGAAAUGGACGGCUUUGCAACUACAGAAGGAGUAGUCAUACUCGCUGGGACAAACAGGCCAGAUAUUCUCGACAAGGCGUUGCUCAGGCCUGGACGCUUUGAUCGUCAGAUUGCUUUAGACAGGCCGGAUGUGCGAGGACGAGAACAGAUACUUCGGGUGCAUCUCAAGAAACUGAAGCUGGACAAGGAGCCUCAGUUUUACUCACAACGAGUUGCUGGUCUCACACACGGCUUUGCUGGGGCGGAGAUUGCCAGCGUGUGCAAUGAAGCUGCUCUCAUAGCUGCAAGGCGUGAGAAGUCAGAGAUUUCCAUGAAGGAGCUCGAAGCAGGAGUCGACAGAGUUAUUGCCGGCAUCGAGCGAAAGAACAGGGUAGUUAGCAAGGACGAACGGAGGACUGUUGCUUACCACGAAGCUGGUCAUGCCGUCGCCGGGUGGUUCUUAGAGCACGCGGAGCCGCUACUCAAAGUUACAAUAGUUCCACGAGGGAGUGCGGCGCUGGGCUUUGCGCAAUACGUUCCCAACGAGGACUUACUCAUGACCAAGCAGCAAUUCAAUGACAUAAUCUGUAUGGCUCUUGGAGGGCGAGCAGCGGAGGAGGUUCUGCUGGGAAGGAUCACCACGGGUGCGCAGAACGAUCUGGAGAAAGUCACGCUGAUGGCCUACGCGCAGGUGGCCGAGUAUGGAUUCAGCGACAAAGUUGGGCUUGUCUCCUUUCCCCGCAAGUCACAGACGGAGCUGCUCAAGCCUUUUAGCAACAAUACGAGCAAACUCAUGGACGAGGAGGCGAGGGCGAUAGUGAAUGAUGCCUACGCUCGCACCCGAGCACUGAUUGACAAGCACAGGGACGGGGUUGCCAAGAUCGCGGAGCUGCUGCUUGAGAAAGAGGUCCUGCGGCAGGAGGACCUCUUAGCAGUGCUUGGCGAGCGUCCAUUCGCGCAGGGAAGCCGCAAUAACUAUGACAUAUACAGGCACGGAUUUAAACAAGAAGAAGCAAAUGAUCCAAUGGUCGCAUCCUAAGCUUUUCAUACCGAUACAUUUGUAUAUUAAAAUCAUACUAUGCAAAUCCUAAGAGCUCAAAGUCAA